AUGUCGGUCGAUGAAUUGAGAAACUGGCUUGUCCCCUGGGAACCGAACCACGGGGAGACUGAUAUCAAAUUGUUCUAUCGGAUGCAACUAGGGCUGAGUGGUACCUUCACGACUAUACAGCUUGAGGCGAACCAGCUCAUAGCUGUGGCGGAUAAGAUGACUGGAAAUAGGGUUAUGAACGACGGAUGUGCCUUGAUGUCUAGAACUCUAGGUCGCCGAGUUGCUGAGGCACUGGGAUGCGAAAACAGCGUCCCAAGUUGCUUUCAAGGAAGAAUAGCAGGAGCAAAGGGAGUGUGGAUUGUUGACCGAGAUGACUCUGCUCAUGCCUGCCAGGGUGGCAACAAUUGGAUCGAGAUAUCAGCUUCACAGUUGAAGAUAAAAUGGAAAGCAGGGAAACACGGCAUACCACUGGACCCUUAUUGGAGGCAAUUUGAAGUCGUUGGGCAUUCGAAACAACCACAGCCUGGAAGAUUGAGUGCUCAGUUCGUAAGGAUACUCGAAGACUGCGGUGUUCCGAGACAGAUCUUUGCGCAGUUGCUACAAAGCUCAAUGCAGCAGGUUUCAGGUGACCUCCUAGAGGCGAUAAUGCGGAACGACCGUAAUGGAUGUAGGAGCCUGUUGUCAAAAUUAGGAGCAUUGAAUGUCGAUCGAUUCACAGAUUAUACAUGGCCCUCGGACGCCAACGAUCAGGCUGCAACCCUGUUGGAAAGUGGGUUUGAGCCCCUUUCCUGCCGCUACCUUUUCGAUUUGUUGAGGAAGUGUUUGGAGCUUCGACUUGACUCCUAUGUUAAAAAGCUACAUAUUCCAGUCGUCAGCUCUACCAGUUUAUAUUGUAUUGCUGAUCCAUAUGAUGUUCUGGAGCCUGGAGAGGUUUACCUGUCACUCUCUGGGCGCUGGGAAGAUGGCAGGUUUGACGGAGAAACAUUCCUCAACACAGACAUACUGGUCGGUAGACAUCCAGCGCUCCGCCCUUGCGAUAUACAGAAACGAAGAGCAGUUUGGAAACCCGAACUACGACAUAUUUCCAACGUUAUCGUUUUUCCGGCUACAGGGCAGUACUCACUAGCCGAAAUCCUUGGUGGUGGAGACUAUGACGGAGAUUGUGUUUGGGUCUGCUGGGAUCCCAACAUCGUUGGUCACUUUACCAACGUAGAACCACCACAGCGCACAUACGGUGAUGCUGAGCUUCAACUCACCCAUAAUGGGAUCGUGGUAACAGCCUCUUACACGGAGGACUUCUGGGUCAGGAUGUUUACUUUUCAUCUUGAGCGUUCAAUGGUUGGAAUGUGUACGAACCUUCAUAGUUACGUCAGUCAGGUUCGCGGCCUCAGGUCAAGCGAAGCUCUGAUGAUGGCGGCAGUGGCGUCGCGUUUGUUGAGUGCACAUAAAUCGGGCACUUCCCUUCCACAAUCCGGUAUGGCUCGGCUGAAGAAAGCCAUGCUUGGACUCGGGCACAGUGCACCCAGCCAUGGUACAACAAUCACCGAGUUUCUCCAUGCUGCAGCCACGAAAGAGAGAGUGGCAAUUUUAACAAACUUAUUCCAGGCAUAUUCUGCUGCCCGGGUGACUGAUGUUGAUGACACAUUGUUGAAUGUAUAUCAGGACCUGUCUCAUCAAGGCGAGGUGCAUUCUCCACUGCGAGACGCCCUGCACAGACUAGCGGACCGUAUUGGUCAUAUCAGGAAGGUAAUUUGGGCAUCUUACCGUCAUCGUCCUGGGGAGUUUGAAGCCAUCGUUGAGGAGGCUAUGUUGGCGAUUCAGGCAAUAGAGCCAGAAUCCUUCGACCAUCCGCUAAGCCAGGUAUGGAUGACAAGCCCCCGGGAGUGGAACAGGGCACGUGCAGCAUGUGUUUAUGCCCAUCAUCGUACUGGCAAAUUUGCGUGGUUCAUGGUUGGUCGCACAUUAUGCCAAAUCAAAGCGGAGAGUGGCCAGGCUAUAUCCAUGCGAGCUGACACACUCGCGUGUUUCAAGUUCAGUCAAAAUCGAUUCUCUCGGUUUCUGAAUCAAGAAUGA